GGGGCGGAGGAGGCCGGGCUGAGCGUGGCGGAGCAGCGGCGGGGGGGAACGGAAGAUGGCGGUGUCCGUCCUGCAACUGGUGGAGUUGGCUCUCCAUGGAGCUGCCUUCCUCUGUGGGAUCGUCUGCGCUUCGGCCCUCACUGUGGCACAGGGAGAAUUUGGAGGCUGGUGCAUCCUCUAUGGCACGGUGAGCUGGAAUGGGACUGCACUGGUGCCCAAGUCCUUCAGCCACAUCUCCCUCUGCUAUUUUGUCUCGGCCGUCUCCGUCGUGGUGGCCCUGUACUGCUUCUCGUCGCUCCUCUACGGCAUCUACAGCUGCUGCACCAAUGAGUCCCAGUGGGACCGCACCUGGCUCAGCAUCACCCUGGUCGUCGCCUUCAUCAUCCUCUUCUUCCUCCUUAUCGCAGCCUGCAUCCUCCGCGUGGGGAUGGAUGCUCUCUGCACCUCCAUCAUGCAGACCAAGAGCCUGUCCAGCUGCCAGGAUGCUGAGCACAAGCCAUGGGUGUCCUACAGCCCAACCCGCUUCUACAGCAACCUCUACAGUGCACAGGCAUCGGCCUGGGUGAACAUGUUCCUCUGGUGCCUGCUGACCACCCGGCUGCUGGUCCAGCGACGGAGGGAGGGUCCUCUCCCGCUGUUGCGUCACAACGAUCCCGAGUGGAGUGCCGAGACGGAAGCCAUUUUCGGGGGACGCCCGAUACAGCCCUGAAGGAAGGGGGUACCAGGCUGGGGUGGGGGUGUGGGCAGACCUGGGUAAGGAGUGUGGGGUACCCUUCUCCAGGCACCCUAUGAUGCAAGAGAAGGCAAGGACAUCAUUAGCCCUGCCACCCCCCCGGUCCUGCCCGUGGUGACGAAGGCAGCAGUGCCGAAGGACCCUCUGCCAGCGAGCUGGGUGUUGGGUGGCACCGGCCACCCUCCUCCAUCGUCAAGGCUUUUUUGGGUGCUGAGCUUCGUUAUUAAAGACAAAGAUUUCCUGUA